AUGCAUCUCCUCACUUGGGAGUGCUUCAUUAUAAUGACACUGAAUGCAGUUCAAGUGGCAUGCUCUUUUACAAUGAAACGAAAUCAACUAAUUUUCCCAAAGAACCAGCAAAAGCUAGAAUUUGACACAUUAGCACUUCCACCACGAAGAGGAAGAGGAAGAGGCGGGGACGGACCUAGCAGGAAACCAGAUGAUGAUGGGAAAUGUCCACCAUGCUUCAAUUGUAUGCUCCCCAUUUUUGAAUGUAAACAAUUUUCAGAGUGUAACUCCUACACCGGUAGAUGUGAUUGUAUUGAAGGAUUUUCAGGUGAUGAUUGUUCAAUACCCUUAUGUGGAUCUUUAUCCAAGGGUAAUAAUGAACGUCCCAUUCGUCAACCUAGUAAUGAGACGCGAAAUGGUGUAGAAACAUGUGAAUGUGAUGCAGGUUGGAAUGGUAUCAAUUGUAAUAUUUGUCAAGAGGAUGAGGUUUGUGAUGCCUUCAUGCCAGACCCAAGUGUGAAGGGAACAUGUUAUAAAGAUGGUAUUAUUAUAAACAAAUCAUUUCAAGGUUGCGACGUGACUAAUGAAAAGAUUUUAGAAGUAUUGAAGGGCAAGUUACCACAAGUGACAUUUUCAUGUGAUAAGAAAACUAAUGAAUGUAAUUUCCAAUUUUGGAUUGAUCAAAUUGAAAGUUUUUAUUGUGGAUUGGAUAAUUGUUCUUUUGAAUAUGAUUUACAACAAAAUACAACGCAUUAUGCUUGUCAAGAUGCAAAGUGUAAAUGUAUACCUGGAACAAUGUUAUGUGGAGCCAAUGGAUCAAUUGAUAUUGGUGAAUUUCUGACGGAAACAAUUAAAGGACCUGGUGAUUUCAAUUGUGAUCUCGUGACGAAGCAAUGUAAAUUUAGUGAACCUUCUAUGAAUGACUUAAUUUCCGAUAUAUUUGGUGACGAUUGUAUUAGAUUGAAAUGCGAAUCCGGUGAAUGUAUUCAUUACAGUGAAAUUCCGGGAUAUAACAGCCCUGAUGAUAAUAAAGGUAUGUCAUGGCAAGGCAAUUUGGUCUUAGCCUUGACUUCGAUUUCUGUUCUUGCCUUAGUUACAUUUGUUUGUUUCUAUAUCGCUGGGUCACCGAUGUUUAGGAGCACUGAUGACUUAAAUUCUAAAGAUACGAAAAAAGGUUCAAGAAUCCUUUUACCAGAAGAUGAAGACAAUGAUUUUCUACAAACUAACAAUGCUGCCACAUUAACUUUCGAGAAUAUUUCAUAUCGAGUACCGCAACUUCCAGGCGAUCAUGGCAAUAACAAUAGCAACAACGAUAACGAUGACGGUAAGUCAAUAUUGAAUAAUAUUAGUGGUAUUGUGAAACCAGGUCAGAUUUUUGCAAUUAUGGGUGGUUCAGGUGCCGGUAAAACCACAUUAUUAGAUAUAUUGGCAAUGAAACGCAAGACAGGUAUAGUGACAGGGACCAUUAAAGUAAAUGGGCAAACUAUCUCCAGGAAAGAUUAUAGUAAAUUGACUGGGUUUGUCGAUCAAAAUGAUUACUUACAUCCAAUGCUAACGGUGUACGAAACUGUUCUGAACAGUGCUUUGUUAAGAUUACCAAGAUCAAUGUCAUUUGAAGCAAAGGAAUCUAGAGUAUAUCAAGUAUUGGAAGAAUUGAGAAUAUUUGACAUUAAAGAUCGUAUAAUUGGCAGUGAUUUUGAAAGAGGUAUCAGUGGAGGUGAAAAAAGAAGAGUUUCCAUUGCAUGUGAGUUGGUUACAUCGCCAUUGAUCUUAUUUUUAGAUGAACCAACUUCAGGGUUAGAUGCAAAUAAUGCGAGUAAUGUUAUUAAUAGCUUGGUGAGACUGUCUCAGCAUUAUAACAGGACUUUAGUGUUAACAAUCCAUCAACCAAGAUCUAAUAUCUUUUAUCAAUUUGACAAACUGGUUCUUCUAAGCAACUCUGAGAUGGUGUAUUCAGGAGACGUCAGUAAAGUUAAUGAAUUUUUACGAAACAGCGGAUAUGAAUGUCCAGUAAACUACAACAUUGCUGAUUAUUUGAUUGAUAUUACAUAUGAAAGUAAAGGUAAUUUGCGUGCCCGUGAAAGAGAAAGACAAGGAAGAGUAUCUACGGAACUUGACCUAGAAAAUGUUGGUGGCGCAUCUGUGGAAGAGGAUCAUAUAGAAGAUCGCGGUUUACCAAGAAGUCUUACCCAAACAGAAUGGGAACAUUAUGCGAUCCACAGAGAUGAAAUUAGAAAUUUGCUUCAAGAUACUAUUUCCAGAGAUAGAGGGGAUAAUACAGAUGACAAUGAACAUACGAUUGGAUCAUUAAACACUUUGAUUUUGCAUAAUAAAUUUAUAGAAGGAGUAUAUUUUGCAGAUUUAAAAUCCGAUAUUGAUGAUAUUAUGCGUGCACAAGGAUCGACUAUGAACGAUACUACUGGUGAAACUAGAACUGGCACAAGUACCUUAUCUGUACCGAAUAUAGAGAAAGGUGCAACAUUUUUCCAACAAUUAGUCAUUUUGAAUUCUCGAACUUUUAAAAACAUUUAUCGUAAUCCUAAACUACUAUUAGGGAAUUAUAUGUUAACGAUUCUAUUAAGUUUAUUUUUAGGAACAUUAUAUUACCAAGUGACGAAUGAUAUCAGUGGGUUCCAAAAUCGUAUGGGAUUGUUUUUCUUCAUCUUAACGUAUUUUGGGUUUGUUACAUUUACUGGUUUAAGUUCGUUCCAUAUCGAAAGAUUAAUUUUCAUCAAGGAAAGAUCUAAUAAUUAUUAUAGCCCCUUGGCGUACUAUAUUAGUAAGAUUUUGAGUGAUGUUUUACCGUUAAGAAUCAUUCCUCCGAUAUUGAUGGCAAUAAUAAUAUAUCCAAUGGUUGGAUUAAAUAUGAGGGAUCAUGGUUUUUUCAAAUUUAUUGGUAUUUUAAUUCUUUUCAAUUUGAGUAUAUCGUUAGAGAUAUUAACGAUUGGGAUUAUAUUUGAAGAUUUGAACAAUGGAAUAAUAUUAAGUGUAUUGAUAUUAUUGGGAUCGUUAUUGUUUAGUGGACUAUUCAUCAACACUAAGGACAUUACGAAUGUUGCAUUUAAAUAUUUGAAAAAUCUCUCAGUGAUUUACUAUGCAUAUGAAUCUUUGUUGAUUAAUGAAGUUAAGACACUGAUGUUGAAAGAAAAGAAAUAUGGAUUAAACAUUGAAGUACCAGGCGCUACGAUCUUAAGUACGUUUGGAUUUAUGGUUCAAAAUUUGGUAUUUGAUGUCAAGAUUCUGGUUAUGUUUAAUAUGAUCUUUUUGGUUGUUGGAUAUCUAGCUUUGAAAUGGAUUGUUAUUGAACAGAAGUAA